UAUAAAAGAGCUAGAAGCUUGUCACCUGGUCAUAUUCUCUCGGCUUUAACCAAGACAGCCGCCAAAAUGGGAAAGUGUUGGAUUGCGUUCGUCCUCUUCCUCUUCAUCGCGCACUCGGCGGGAUUUCCGGGCGCGGCGAAAUCCUCAAGUAGGAGAGGGGAGAGAUUCAUUCCUACCACUGACGAGGAACACAAGGCCAAGAUCGACGAGGUCAUCAAGUCAUUGAAGGAGAAGUUUGGAGAGGUAGAUCCAGGUUUCUUCGACAAACUCAAGGAGACCAUUAUAAGCAUCCCUGGCACAAUUAAAGACAAAUUUGAUAGCCUCAUAAGUGGAAUUUUCGGUCUAUUCGGAAAAGGCAAGUCAGAUAAGCAUGAGAUAUCCGCAGAGGAGAAAGCAUUCCGACUGAAAUUUAACACAAUUCUUGAAGAGAUGAAGACGAAAGUUCCAGUAAUAGAGGCAAAAAGAUUCAUGCCAUCAACUGAUGAAGCAAUCAAGGCACAGCUUGAUGCAGUGAUUGCCGAACUGAAGGAGAAGUUCGGAGAGGUUGACCCUGGUUUCUUUGACAAGCUGAAGGAAACCAUUACAAGCAUCCCCGGUAAAGUUAAAGAUAAAUUUGACAGCAUCAUUAGCAGCAUCUUCAACCUCUUUGGAGGAAACAAGCCAGAAGAGCAUGAGAUAUCUCCAGAAGAGAAAGCUUUCCGACAGAAAUUCGACAAAAUCCUUGAAGAAAUGAUGAAGAAGGUACCAGUAGUUGAGGAAUAGAAACACACUCCGUUUAUUCCAACAGUACCGACUGACCACAGCUAGCAAUAAAUUUCUUAUAAUUUAACAACUGUAUGACCACAGCUGCCAAUAAAUUUCUUAUAAUUUAACAACUGUAAACAA